CAGCAAAUUUUUUUCAGCGGGAUUUAUAAGGGUGCCACCUUAUAUGACGUUGAGAACAUUAAGAGAGCAGCUCGGAAACUACCUGGGUGAAGAUGCUGUUGUGGAUAAGUAUAUCUUCCUAAAAUGUAUAGGGAAGAAACUUGCAGUGGUAAGUUUCUUCUGCGAGUGGGUUAUCGAGAAGAGCUGUAUGCUUAUUUUCAAAUGUUCCCAUUUAACAUUUCAUUUUCAUGUAGUGGCAGUCAGGGAAAAAAUGUGAUUCCCCCCCCCCCUCUCCCUGGCAGCUACCAUUUCAAAACAAAGAGUUAUAAAACAAAGCAGGUGGAGAAUUUUUUUUAAAUUAUGCAUUUUUUGGUCACAGUCCAGUAGGCUCCUUUGCUCAUGUGAUGUAGAUGCCAAAAAGAGUUUUGGCUUUAUCUUUCUGCAUGGCUGCCCUUACACUAUACACUACAAGUUUAAUUUGAAGUCGUGAGGAGGUGAAUAUUUGGGGAAUUUUGCGAUUUUGAUCAAGGCUUACAUUUCUAAAAUUCUGUAACUGCCAUAACUGCCAUUCACGAGCAGGGAGCUUGUAAGAAUAUGAACCAUGGAGUUGGACGGGACCAUGAGGAACAUCUAGCACAACCAAUGCAGAAAUCUUUUGCCGAACAUGGGGCUUGAACCUACAACCCGGAGGGUUGAAUAUAACAAUAGUGGGCUAGGAGAGCUUUAAAAAAUAAUAACAUCUGGCAACCGAUGCGCCCCUUUGGUUUCAGAUAAUACAUGGUAGAUGAAUCCAAGAAGCCUGCGACACAAAUUUUCAUUGCCUUCCAGCAACGAUGGUGGCUCAUUUACCAGAAGUGAAAGCAAAGCAAGAAACAGAACUGAAGCUCAAAUCAUUUGCUCCUCCCUAUGCAUUUCAUCCAGAACUCUAUUUGUUGCCUGGAGUAGAAACUAUUUAUUCAUCUUCAUCGUCAACUCCAGAAAGACAUCACAGUAAUGCAGACUAUAUACAUGCAUAUAAAUCGUAUCAAAGGCCACCUGACGUCUCAGCUCCAGAUCGUGAAGCUGGUCAGAACCCCAACGUUUUGGAGAGUUCCUUGAAAUAUCAUCUCAGCCCAACUCAGGAUAAAAAUAAUUUAAUAGGAUGGGACGAAACUGAAAAAGGAAGUGCUCAAGAUCUCCCUGCAACACAAAUCUCCAAGCAAGAACAGAACGAAAGGAUUAAAGAGAAAUAUAAUUCACAAAGACGGGAAGGAGAAAUUAGUUGUAACAUAGACCUAAAUGAAUCCAUUAAAUCUCCCUAUACAUUCCAAGAUAAAAUUUCUGCAAGACAAAACUCUGUAAGAAAAUCCACAUCAGUGAAAAUUCCUCAGCAAAAGUCUUUCAGACAAGCUCAAGAACGGCAGCAAAAUACUCCUAGAAAGGUCAAGAAAUGCAAAGAUUCUGUUGCACCUGUGCGUAUGAAUCAGAAGCGAGAGCAAGAGGGAAACAACCAGAUUCAAGUCAAUCACAUCACACAGAAGAUAAAAGAAGAAGCUCCUAUUGUGCUGGAUGCAAAUACAGAAAACGAAGGCAACCUGACAGGUAUUGGAAUGGGAAGACACACCACAGGGGAUUCUGGAAUCCCAGAAUCUUUGGAGGACAGAGGCAUGGACUAUUCACACAGAAUGAGGAGCCAACAGCAUCCUGAAAUUGGCAAGUCUAUUGCUGACACUGGUAGCGUGCAAGAUAGCCAGACUGAUGAAAAUAACCUAAAUGACUUUGCACAUCUGAGCCAGUAUAUUUCGCCUCCUACUCCACCUCUUCUGGCUCUGUCUGUUAACAGAGCUGAAGUUCCCAGCGAAAUCUUUCCAACAGAGGGUAGUGAGCUGAUCAGACAGCUGCAACACAUCAAAGCAGAAAGAAAGCACCUGGAGAGGGUUAGAGAAGAACUGGUUAAAAAGGUGAAGGGCUUACUGGAACAGAACAAACUCAGGAGAUACCAGGCUCGUGAUUCCUGGAAAAAGAAAUAUUUUGAAGCUAAAAAAGUCACAGCUUCCUUGGAGUUAGUUUCAAAUAAACUGCGGGAAGACUUAGAACUUCACUACCAGAAAUUGUUGAUGCAGCUAGAAGCCAGGGAUAUAAGGAAAAAACGAAAUAAUUUAACACAAGUUGCUAUUUCAAAGAAUAAUACAAUAAUCCAGAUCACCACUCUGCAGCAUGAAAUUGAACAACUAAGGAGAAAGGUUGAUAAUGCAAAAAUGAAGCUAGUCAUAGAAAUUAAGAUGAGAAAGCAGGCAGCUUCUGAUCUGCGAGCACUGAAGGCAGAACUGGCCCACAAAAAAGUUCAGUCUUCUUUAAGACUCCACUCGGAAGGACAAGUAUAUUAGCUGGCUCCCGUUCGUGAGAUUCUUCUCUGCAUAUUUGUAUAGCUACUCCCAGAACCUAUUUCUUUCAGCUUUAAAUUUGUUCCGCUAUAGCAGAGAUGUUGAAUGUGUUGAAAAUGUAUGUUGAAAAACAGUAAUUCAUCAUGACGCCAAUAUGUAAUAAUUCUACUGCUGGCGUCAAAUGGCAUUAUCACCUCAUUCCAGUAACGGAUAUCCAUGUGCAGGGGCAAAAUGUCAGCUGGAAGGGGGAAGAUAGGAAGAGCCUGAUGGAUCAGGGCAAUGACCCAUCUAGUUCUGCAUCCUGUCUUCACAGCGGCCAACCAGAUACCUGUGGGAAGCUUGCAAGGAGGGCAUGAGCGCAACAGCACUCUGUUCCACUGCAGUUCCCAGCAACUAUUAUUCAGAGGCACAUUGCCUCUGACAGCAGAAAGACCGCACACCUGUUUUCCAGGUGGCGGUGGCAAUAGCAGCCUGGUCGUUAGAUAGCUGGGGUAGGUGGGUGAGGGGGACCUGCCCUCACAACCAACUGGUGUCACAGUCGGCCUCAGCCAGCCGCGGGAGCUAGUGAGAUGGCCUGCUGAAAAUGAAAAUUUAAAACAGGUCAAUCAUGGCUCUAGUUGGGCGGGACCUGAAAGAGUGACGGACCUGACAGAGCCAGUGUUCAGUCGGGUCCACCGCAGGGGCAUAAAAACUGGCUGCAUCACAGUCUGUUCAGUCAGGAAUUGGACCAUAGCUGCCAAGUAUCCAGUUUUUCCCUGGAAACCCCCCCCCCCGUAUUUUCUUACCGCUUUCCGCCGGUCUCCCGAAUGGAUUUAUAUCCCAUAAAUCCCCUGGAAAGCAGCUCCUGCCGGCUCCUGCCAGCCAUGUUUCUGGUGCCGCUCUACCCAUUUCCAAAAUGGCUGUAGCGCCAGAAGUCGCUUCUACGCAUGUCCGGAAGUGCGUAGAAGCAACUUCUGGCGCUGCGGACAUUUUGGAAAUGGGCGGAGCGGCGCGGGAAGUUGCUUCUACGCAUGUCCGGAAGUCAUGUAGUAGCAACUUCUGGUGCCGCGCCGCUGCUGGUCCCGGAUUUUUCAAUCCAGAACUUGGCAGCUAUGAAUUGGCUAGUAGCUGUUGAUUUGUUGAACCAUGAAUUUAUCUCGUCCUCUUUUAAAGCCAUCCGGGUAGAUGGCCACCACUGUCUUCUGUGGGAAUAAGCUCCAUAGUUCAAACAUGCAGUUGCUCCAUAUCACCCGAAUCUCCCCACAUCCAGCUUCAUUGGAUGUCCAUGAAUUCUUGUGUUAUGAGAAAGUGGGGGGGAAGCUUCCCCCUAUCCAUUUUCUCCAUUCCACGCAUAAUUUUAUAAAUUUUAUAAAUGUCUGUCAUUUCACCUAUUACUUGUUUUUACUCUAAACUGAAAAGUCCCCAAUGCUGGAACCUUUCCUCAUAGGGGAAGGUGGAAAAUCCUUCUGGUGUGUACUGCAAUGGCACCCUUCAGAGACAGAGGAAGCCUGACUCCACAACCAUUGCAGCUCCAGUAGUUGCCUUCUUCUUAAUGGCAAAGAGCCACCUGGGUUGACUCCCGAGUUCUUCCCACCAUCCUCUGGUGAUUAGGAUGCUGUCUGAAGCUUCGCUCUGACGUUGCCGGUUAAGCAGGGCUGGUUCUGCAUGUGCAACAGUGUAUGUGGACACUGCCGCGGAUUGGGGGAAACAACAUUUAUAAGAAAUCUAAAUACAAAAGACAAAAGAAAACUAUUAGUAAACUUCUCCACUUUUUGUAUUUAUUUCAAAUCUAAGUGUUUUGAAAAGCAAAAACUGGUUAUAAACUUAAACACAACCUUAAACACACUUGUAAGUUGCAUCUGAAUAGGGCUGUAGACACACUACACUUUAAGCCACAUCCUUUCUUUCAAAGAAUUCUGAGUACUGUAGUUUGUUAAUUGGGGGGGGGGGAGGAAUUGCAACUGUGAGGGGGUAAAACUACAGUGUCCAGAAUUCUUUGAAGGAAGGAACGGGCUUCAGAUAUAUAGCAAUUACACAGCCCUAGUCUUGCUUCCACGUAGAGUGAGAUAGGAGGAAGUAGGCAGCAUUUAGUAUUAUUACUAUAUUCAUUCAUAUUUAUGGAAACUACAUUUGACUCCUUUUUCCUCCUCCGCAGUUGCAAUUUUGGUGUAAAAGAAAGGUAUCUGCUUUUGAGUAAGCUGCUACGUACCAACUUGUUUUCCACUCUCAAGCCCCAAGGUUUUAAUUGUUAGCAAGACUGACAAUGUAGUAGAGGAAGACUGCUAUUGAGUUUACAUUUGCUCGUGGCUAGUUGAAGUCCCUUGGUGGCUUAGUGGGGAGCUGAGAUAGGUGAAGGGUGCAAGAAGCAGAUAAUGGAGAUCUAUCUAAACCUUACACCUUAGGCCCCACAUUGGUGUAAACAAGCUUCCGUUCUUUCUGUAAAAGUUGAGGAAACAACUUGCCCUUCACAAGAUCACGAUGUAUCUAAAUAAUGGCAGCUGAUGGAUUUACUUUUAACAAAAAUGGAUUUGGUUAAAAAAAGGUAAAUGCGUCAAAGUAAAUCCAUCAGCCACCAUAUUCAGAUCAGAUCUUAGACCUGUUAUCAUCCUCAGAAAAUGAGUUUCUGGAAUGUAAAUGCCUCAUUUGUGGUAAAUUUCGGCAAGCCCUGCCCGUGAGCUCUUCCUUCCUGAAAACCAUGUCAUAAGUCUCGUCAAGGAGCCAGAUAGGAGGCAUUAACAUGGUAACAGCUGGAAAGCUGACAAGGAAGUGCUAAUUACUAUGAGUAAUAGAAGAUAUGAAAUAUGAAAGAGGAUAUUAAAAUUCUGCAGCGCUUCUGGGAAGAGGAACUCUGCAUACGUCGAGCAAUCCCUAUCACUAGCAUUAUUCCGUAAAAACCUUUAUCGGGGUGCCCAAACUUUUUUCAAAGAGGGCCAGAUUUGAUGAAGUGAACAUGCGUGAGGGCUGACCAAAGUUAUUGAGAUUUUUAAAAUAAUUUUACCCCAAAGUUGCUGACCUUUUUGGGGCCUUUUAUCCAAGGACAUGUACCACCAUGGGGGCCCCUGAAACGGAAUUUGGAGAUGCCUACUUUAAAUCCUUUUUAGGAUAGGGACUCACUCUAUUUCGCUUCGUGCUUAAUUUUUGAUGCCAAAUUUGUUUGCUUUUAAUUAAGAAAACAGAAGUUGCCAAUUCAUUCCUUGUGAAAGACUUAAAAUUAAGGGCUGGUUCAAAUCAGUGCUAUUUUUGUAGGAAAAAAAGGUGCCGGAACUCACCAUGAACCUCUCCCUUGUUCUCUUAGAAUGGCAAUGGCGCCCACCUGAGAGGUGCCGCAACAGAGUUCCAGCGAGUUCUAGCGGGGAAAAAGCCCUGGUUCAAAUGUGUUUUGAAUCCUUGGUGACAUAAGCUUUAUUUACAUGGAGGGAGCAAUCUUCCUGCAGGAGGCAAAGGUUCAUGUUUUUUGCCUCUCUGUUUAAACAGGGGAGAUCUGUUGUCCAUCACUGGGCAGAAGUAAUGCGCCGCUUUCAAAUCUUUUUAGCAAGGGGGAGGGGAACUCCACAAAAGAUUUUUUUAAAACAAGUGAUGCAGAACAAUGCAAAAUAAAGCCGCUAAACUUCAAAAAUGGCACACAGGUGUUACUAGCCAUCAGAGAUGUAUCUAGGAGACCAGAGUUAUUGGGGUGAGAUCGUAGCACCCAAAAUGGCUGCCAUGCUAUCGCACGAAAAAUGAAAUGAAGAGGUAUGCCAUUGCUUUUUAGCAAUGUACAUAUCUGUUUCCGAGUGGGGUCUGUUUGACAAAGUUUGGAGGAUUUUCAAUUAUUUUAACUAUUUCUUUAUUGAGUUAAUAUUCCUUGUCAACCACUUAGAAGUUUUAUUACCCCCCCCCCUCUCUCCCUCUCUCUCGUGUGUGUAUACUAUGCAAGUUAAACACCCGUGUAUAUCGUGAUCUGUGCACAAAUAUUCUAAAUAAAUGGGUGGCAUCUUCACUUUUGAAAAAAUUCCUUCAGUAGCACCUUAAAGACCAACUAAGUUUUUAUUUUGGUAUGAGCUUUCGUGUGCAUGGUAUCUGAAGAAGU